AUGAUCUACGUCGACGGAGUGCUCUUUUCAGAUGAGAACAGCUCAUCUUCUUCCUCUUCUUCAUCGCAGGGAAGCAGCUUGCUUGUUGAUGUAAUGACACAUCCUGUCAUAGUCUCAGCUUCUGAAUCAUUUAAGAAUCUUGAGGAACAGAAAGUUACAGAGAGCAGCUCAACGAAAGACAGAUAUGUUUACGUAUUCCAAAGAGAAUAUGCUGUUGUGAAUCCAGCUCUUGUUGAUUUUGUUGGCAUGGAUGAAGCAACAACUUGUGUAGGUCUUGUUAUCCGCAACAGAAGAUCUGGAGUGACUUCUAUUGCACACAUGGAUUCACCAAAAGUUGUGGACUUGGGGAUAAGCCAGAUGUUAUCUUUGGUUUUAGAGGAUGACAGUGAUGGCGCUGAGUUAGAUGUACAUAUGGUUGGUGGUUAUGAAGAUGUGGAUUUAAAAAAUGCCAAUGGUGGUGGUGACUAUGCCAGACUAGAGGGUUACUCAUUUCCUUUGUGUUGCAAAUUAGUGGAAACUUUACAGAAGAGAAGAGAAAACUUUCACAUUCAAACCUUAUUUAUUCUUGGGCACAAUACCAAGUUGGAUGGUCAAGGGAACACGUGCCCCAUUUUUAAUGGAUGCCUGGUGAAUACCUCCACCGGUGCAAUUUCCCCAGCCAGUUUCAACAGAUCUUCUAGAUGUCCGGAUGAGCUUGUUCGUAGAAUCCGAGUGUCGGCAUCAUUCGAAGAUUCUAGCUGGAAGGGGAAGUUACUUGACACAUAUGACACAAAAGCUGAUAGAUUCAUCAUCGCACCAUGCUCCUGGACAAUGCGGCUGGUUGAAUACGUGUGGGAACUUAAUCAGCUUCCUGAUGAAGAGAUUCUUGUUAACUGUUCCACCUCACCUUCUGCUGAAGGUCCAGAUUUCGUAGACAAUGAAAGAAGGAUUUGGAAGUAUUUACUAAAAUAUCCAGAGUGGAGCAAAACCUUCCCAAAGAGACAACCACAUGUGUUUGAAAGGACUGCCAAUGGAAGUUGGAAAAGAUGUUGA